AUGGCUACCCCAAUUAGCCAGAUUCCUUUCCGUUUCAAAGGUCAAAUUACAUGUAUAUUUCACAAAGGGAGACAACUGGAACUUUAUUGUGAGAAGUGUCAAGAGCCGGUGUGUCUACAUUGUAUUUCAUCUAUUCACAAAAGCCAUUCAAUUUGCGAGCUCAGUGAAAUUUCUCCCCAAAAAAAACAAGAUAUCACAAACUUUAUUAACAGGGUGGAACAAAAUGAUCUUGAACAAGUUAGAAAAUACAUCAAAUCUACUCAUACACUCCUUCAAGACAACACCAACACAUUUGAGAAACUGUCAUGUCAGUUGAAAAUGCGAACAGAUAAAUUAAAACAAGACCUUGACCUUCUUGCAGCACAGACACUCUCUAUUUAUAAAAAGAUGGAAGAGGAUAAUAACAGGCUGAUACAGAAUUAUAUGGAGGAAUUAAACAUGUAUGAAAAACACAUGAAACAACAAAUUGAAGAAUGUAACAUUGUGCUUAAUGUUGGUUCUCACAUACAAAUUUAUGACAAAUCUUGUGAGAUCCAUUCUCCUACAAGUCUUCCUGUAAAACCUGUCCUGGAUACUGCCAGCUUCGAUCCAAACAAAAACUCUCAACGUCUCCUGGAACUAGCCUUAGGGCAAGUUAUUCUCUCAGGUCAAGGUCAACUAUUAACUAAGCAGGAUAGGUCAGGAUCAAAAUCAGAUGACAAAGGACAAUUUUCUAGACAGCAAUCAGGACGAAAAGAGAAGAAAGCAGUGAUAAGGAAAAAACUACUGUCAGAGACCAAGGUGGUGGAAGAGUGGGAGUCUCCAUGUUACAUUACUUCUAUAUGUCAAACCACUGAUGGUCAGGUGUGGACCAGUGAUUAUAGUGGCGUAUUAACUCUCCUGGACGGGAAAGGUAAAAUUAUACAAAAGGUCACACACAAGUCUAUCAUAUAUGACAUCAGUCUAUCACCCACAACACACACACUUUGGGUCUGUGACAGUAAAAACAACAUCAUGGAGCUGGUAUCAGGACAACUCACAAAGAAAUUCAGAACCAAACAGAAACCCAGGUGUAUGUGUGUUACAGCCGGUAACCAUAUCAUUGUAGGGAUGGACAAACACGUCUCCAAAUUUACCACACAAGGUCAGAUGGUGCUCACUACAAUGGCUAUAGGGACUGGGAAACCCUUAGUGUAUUCACCACACAGGAUCUCCGAGUGUGCAGUGACCAACAAUGUCGCAGUGGUUGAUAGCAACACUGAAAAUAAUGUUGGUGAUGGAAAUCAACGUGUUGUUGUCAUGGAUACUGAAUUCCAGAAACUGUUUGUAUACAGAGGUGACAUCCCCAGGACAUAUAAACAGACACCACCUACGGAAAGUGAACCAUUUGACCCCUAUGGUGUGGUGUAUGACAGUGUAGGUAACCUCAUUAUAGGGGACAAUAACAACUGUAGGGUCCUACUCCUCAGUGGAGGUGGUGAGUUCCUCAGGAUCAUAUACACUGAUGCAAACUGGACAUCUGCUGUAGGAGUAGACAGGAAGAAUGUCCUGUGGGCAGUUUUUGGGUAUAGAGAUAUGAAACUACUACAGUACAGCAGUGUGUGA